AUGAGCAGCAAGGUGGUGGAGAUGGGCGAGGCAGAGCAAGAAGAGAUAGUAGAUCAUGAGUCGGAGAAGAAGGAGGCGGCGUCAGCCGCGAGCAGGCUGCAACUGUCGUCGUCGUCGCUGAGGGAGGCGCUCUCCUCCACCUCCUCUCUGUCCAGGCUGUCCUUGUCCCUCUCGCUGAGAGAGCAGCACCACGACGAGGAAGUCGAGCUCAAAUGGGCGGCCAUCGAGCGGCUGCCAACCAUGGACAGGCUCCACACCUCGCUGCCUCUCCAUGCCGCCAAGGCCAAUGCGGCCGACGGCGGCGCUCGUCGGCUCGAGCCGGUGGACGUGCGGAGCCUGGGCGCGGCGGAGCGGCGGGAGCUGGUGCACGCCCUCAUCGCCGACAUCCACAAGGACAACCUCCGCCUGCUCCGGCACCAGCGCCGCCGGAUGGACAGCGUGGGCGUGCGCCAGCCCACCGUGGAGGUGCGGUGGCGGAACGUGCGCGUCGAGGCCGAGUGCCAGGUCGUCGACGGCAAGCCGCUCCCCACGCUCCUCAACUCCGCCGUCUCCACCCUCUCCGUAAUUCCUUGCAAACGUAACCAAGAAAGGAUCCAAAUCCUCAAAGAUGUCACCGGCAUCCUCAAACCCUCCAGGAUGACCCUACUCCUUGGACCCCCAGGCUGCGGCAAAACCUCCCUCUUGCUAGCACUUGCAGGGAAGCUCAAUAGAAAUCUCAAGGUAACAGGAGAAAUUGAAUACAAUGGUGUCAAGCUGCAAGAUUUUGUUCCCGAGAAGACGGCAGCGUACAUUGGUCAGUAUGAUCUUCAUGUCCCUGAGAUGACUGUCCGGGAGACGCUCGACUUCUCUGCAAGAUUCCAGGGCGUCGGCAGCAGAGCAGAAAUCAUGAAGGAAGUUAUUAGGAGGGAGAAGGAGGCCGGGAUCUCCCCUGACCCUGACAUAGAUACGUACAUGAAGGCAAUAUCUGUGGAAGGUUUGGGAAGAAGCAUGCAGACAGACUACAUUAUGAAGAUCAUGGGACUUGACAUAUGCGCUGAUGUACUGGUGGGAGAUGCCAUGAGAAGAGGUAUUUCAGGUGGUGAGAAGAAAAGGCUAACCACAGGAGAGAUGAUAGUAGGACCCUCAAAAGCUCUCUUCAUGGAUGAAAUAUCAACUGGGCUGGACAGUUCUACCACCUUCCAAAUUGUUACUUGCCUCCAACAGCUAGCUCAUAUAUCAGAGUCUACCAUACUGGUCUCACUUCUUCAACCAGCACCAGAGACUUACGACCUUUUUGAUGAUAUUAUCUUGAUGGCUGAAGGACAAAUCGUAUAUCAUGGCUCUAAGAAUUACAUUAUGAGUUUCUUUGAAUCAUGUGGAUUUAAGUGCCCUGAAAGAAAAGGAUGCGCUGACUUUCUUCAAGAGGUACUAUCAAAAAAAGAUCAACAUCAAUACUGGAGCUCCGAAGAGAAAUAUAAGUUUUUUACAGUUGAGCAAUUCUGUGAUAAGUUCAAAGCAUCCCAAAGCGGUCAGAAUCUUGCUGAGGAGCUUUCAAUGCCGUGUGACGAAUCGAAAGGACACAAGAAUGCCCUGUCUUUCAGUAUCUACUCAUUAUCCAAGUGGGAUCUCCUCAAGGCAUGUUUUGCACGGGAGCUCCUUCUUAUGAAAAGGAAUUCCUUCCUCUAUAUAUCAAAAACUAUUCAGCUUGGACUACUUGGUGUUAUUACUGGAACAGUAUUUCUGCGCACGCGUAUGGGUGUUGACCGAGUUCAUGCUAACUAUUAUAUGGGUUCGCUCUUCUAUGCGCUCGUGCUGCUGAUGGUGAAUGGUUUCCCUGAGCUGGCCAUGGCACUUAACAGACUCCCAGUCUUCUACAAACAAAGAGAUUACUACUUCUAUCCUGCAUGGGCUUAUGCAAUACCAUCUUUUAUUCUGAAGAUUCCAGUUUCUUUAGUUGAGUCAGUGGUUUGGACAUCAAUAUCCUACUACUUGAUUGGUUAUACUCCGGAAGCAUCCAGAUUUUUCUGUCAGCUUCUAGUCCUCUUCCUUAUCCACACUGCAUCAUUAUCAAUGUUUCGAUGUGUUGCCUCGUACGGUCAAACGAUGGUGGCUGGUUCAGUCGGUGGUACACUGGCAUUUCUAGUCUUGCUUUCGUUUGGAGGUUUCUUAAUUCCUCGCCCCUUUCUUCCUAAUUGGCUCAAAUGGGGAUUUUGGCUCUCUCCAUUGUCAUAUGCUGAGAUAGGCUUAACUGGAAAUGAGUUUUUGGCAUCAAGAUGGUUGGAGAGCACGGUAUCUGGUGUAACACUUGGAAGGAGGAUACUAAUGGAUCGAGGGCUAGACUUCUCCAGCUACUUCUACUGGAUCUCAGUUGGAGCAAUGAUUGGGUUUAUUUUAUUAUUCAAUGUGGGCUUUGCUAUUGGCUUGACUAUUAAAAACCGAACUUCUCGAGCUAUAAUCUCUCGCAAUAAGCCUAACACAUUGGAUGGAAGAGGCCAAGAUAUCUCCAAGGAUACGAAAAAUGGGAUGCCUAAGUUACAAGCAGAAACUGCGUUGACACCUAAUAGGACUGGGAGGAUGGAAAUGAGGGAGCAUGGUUACAUGGAAAGGAAACUACAACUACUCCACAAUAUCACAGGAGCAUUCCAGCCAGGGGUUCUCUCGGCACUCAUGGGGGUUACUGGAGCUGGAAAAACAACACUCCUUGAUGUUCUUGCUGGAAGGAAAACAGGCGGUGUUAUUGAAGGGGAUAUAAGAAUAGGAGGUUAUCCCAAAAUCCAAGAAACUUUUGCUAGGAUAUCAGGCUACUGUGAACAGACAGAUGUUCAUUCCCCCCAAAUCACAGUUGGAGAGUCAGUAGCAUAUUCAGCCUGGUUGCGCCUUCCACCAGAAAUUGAUUCAAAAACAAGAAAUGAAUUUGUCAAUGAAGUUCUUGAAACAAUUGAGCUGGACGAAAUUAGGGAUUCUUUGGUUGGAGUACCAGGUGUAAAUGGUCUAUCAACAGAGCAACGGAAACGCCUCACUAUUGCAGUUGAGCUCGUGUCUAACCCUUCAAUUAUAUUCAUGGAUGAGCCAACAUCAGGAUUGGAUGCGAGGGCAGCUGCUAUUGUUAUGCGUGCAGUGAAGAACGUUGCAGACACAGGUCGAACAGUUGUGUGCACCAUUCACCAACCAAGUAUCGAGAUAUUUGAGGCAUUUGAUGAGUUAAUGCUGAUGAAAAGGGGUGGAGAGUUGAUCUAUGCUGGGCCACUUGGACACCUUUCGUGUGAGGUCAUAAGGUAUUUCCAGGCUUCUUCGGAUGGUGACCCUGGGGUGGUUGUCUCAUCUGUAGAACGCCCUGCAAAGCAAUCAGUCUACCUAUGUGUCAAGGGGGAGGAAAGGGUCUUCUCCCUCCACUCUGAUCUGUGGUCUGGGGACCAUCAGAUCCUUCCGGCGGAAAACCUGGCGCUCGAGUUGACCUUCACUCCUGCCGAGCUCGAUGAGGUCCUUCUCAGCAUGAGGCCGGAUUCCGCGCCUGGGCCGGAUGGGUUGCCGGUUACCUUCUUCAAGCGAUUCUGGGGAAUCCUGCGAGAGCCCAUCCUCAAGAUCCUGAACGACUUCGUUUUGGGGAGGGUGGAUAUCGCGCGGCUGAACUUUGGAGUCAUCACCCUGAUCCCAAAGGUUAAGGGGGCGGACACGAUCAAGCAGUUUAGGCCUAUAGCGCUUAUCAAUGUCAUCUUCAAGUUUGUGGAAAAGGCGUGUCUGCAUGAGGGGGUGCUCGCCCUGCACGAAAUUGCACACGAGCUCCAUGCCAAGAGGCUUGGGGGCCUCCUGCUUAAACUCGACUUUGAGAAGGCCUACGAUAGGGUGAACUGGGAUUUCCUCCGUGAGAUUUUACAGCGCAAGGGUUUUUCGGACAUGAAUGUCCACAGGUUAAUGCAGCUGGUCAUGGGAGGCCAGACUGCUAUCAAUGUCAAUGGAGAGGUGGGACCUUUCUUCCAUAACGCGAGGGGUGUGCGGCAGGGGGACCCCCUCUCGCCGAUCAUGUUCGACUUCCUCGUGGAUGGCCUCGCAGCGAUGCUGGCCAAGGCUAACUCGGCUGGCCACAUCCGUGGGGUCGUCUCUCACCUCAUCCCAGGGGGGGUGACGCACCUUCAGUAUGCAGACGACACCCUUGUCAUGAUUGAGCCCUCGGACCUAGGGAUUGCGAACCUUAAAUUUCUCCUGCUAUGCUUUGAGAACAUGUCGGGUCUUAAGAUCAAUUUUGACAAGAGCGAGGUAUUCGUGACAGGGGUCACGGAACCGGAGCAGCGUAGGGUUGCGCACAUGCUCAACUGCAAACUGGGCAAGCUCCCGAUGAAGUACCUUGGUAUACCGAGGAAAGAUUGA